AUCAACAAAAUUUAAAUGUAUGUAACUUUUGUUGCCCAACCUGAAAAUUAUUAGAAAUAAUUUCUACGAUGACGAAAACAGGAUUAAAAAUGCGCUGGAUAACAAAUUCGCACAGGUGAUGAAUAUAAAGGAAAUAAAAAUGCAAAGGAAGAGGAAGAGAAAAAAUGGAAAACCACAUGAUUUUCACACAGAACUUUAUCACACUGGUUGCUCCAAAGAAAGGCCGGUACUUCUGUUGUUAGACAACCAUGACUCCCAUUUAUCAAUUGAUUCUUUGGACUAUCUUAAAGAGAAUGGAGUGACGGUGUUGUCCUUUCCGCCACACUGCUCUCACAAGCUACAGCCGCUGGGCAGAUCAGUGUAUGGGCCCUUAAAAAAAUAUGUAAGUACAGCAUGCGAUGGUUGGAUAACCAGUCAUCCAGGGUCUAGUAUGACCAUCUACGAUGUCCCUAAAAUUGUGGCCGUAGCUUUGCCAAGCGCAAUAACACCAAAGAACAUAACAGCAGGGUUUAAAGUGUCAGGAGUUUAUCCAUUCAAUGAAUGUGUCUUUUCUGAAGACGAAUUUCUCCCCUCUUAUGCUACUGACCGCCCACUUAUUGAGCAAGCAAAAGAUGAUGAAAUUGACAGGAAACCUAAUAAUAGCCCUAAACCUAAAAUAUCUCAGGAUACUAGUCCCCAACCAGGAACAUCUCGGGAUUAUUCUGAAAUUCUUAACGCUGAUAGCUCAAUGCCAAAAACUUCUGAGAUAAACCCACCGCUCGAAGAAAAAACUCCGGAAAAGCAAAUAAUUAAAAAUAUUAACAUAUUAGCCAAAGAAGAUACCGAGUGA